AUGACCAAACCAGAAAAAAAAAAUACAACUAAAAAAAAAAAAGUUGAAAUUAAUGAUUAUACAGAUAAAAAAUUUAAAAAAAAAUUUAUUUUUACCAAAAACGUGGUUGAACAACUUUGGGCAGAUUUAGAAAAUGUUGAUGAAAGCAUAUCAGAACAUGAUGUUAUAUGGACACUUGAUUAUUUAAGAUAUUACACAGGUUUUGAUGAUAGAGCAGAAAAAUAUGGAAUCUCUGAUAGGUCAUUAAUGGCACAUGUAUGGAAAGUUAUUGAUGCUGCAAAGAAAUUAAAUUUUAAUUCUCAAUUGGCAGAUCGAGUUAAUCAGCAAGUCAAAGAUUUAACAAGUGAAGGUUUGGAACUUUUUGAAAAACCAAUUUUAACAUUAGCUGUUGAUACAAGUUUUUUUCCUUUAAAUACCAAAGAUAAUUCAUUUAACAAUCCAAAAUAUAGUGGAAAAGGAUUAAAGUAUGAAUUUGGAUGUUCAUUAUAUGAUGGCGAAGUUUUAUGGAUUAAUGGUCCUUUUAAAGGACCUGCUUUAGACAUUUCAAUAUUUAGAAAAAGUUUAGGUAAAGUUUCUAUGAAACCUGGUGAAAGAUUUAUUGGUGAUAAAGCAUAUAGAGGCGAAAAAAAUAGAAUCUUAACACCACAUACUCAAAGAAAUAUGAAUCCAACAGAAAAAUUGGAAAAUCAGUUUAUUAAACGUAAACAUACCAUAAUUGAAAAUGUAUUUAAUAUUUUCAAAAGAUUCAAAUGUUUUAAAAAUAAAUGGAAUUCAUCAAUUCAAAGACAUCUUAAUGCUUUAACUCUCAUUGCUUAUACAUACAAUUUAUCAGUUAAGAUAGAAAGAUUUAGAAAAUCAAAAGAAGAAGAAAAGAACAAUGGUAGUUCAUAUUGUAAAAGCUCUGUGAAUUAUAAAGAUGAAUAUGAAUAUGAAUAUGAAAAUAUCAAUAGUGAAGAAGAACAAGAAUCUGAUUCGGAUCCUGCACUUGAAGAACACAUAUUAGAAAACUUUAGAGAAACAUUUAAUAAAUCAAAUGUAGAUGGAGCUGAUGAAAAUGAAGAAAAAAAUGUUAUAGAUAUUGAUGAAUUGGUAUAUAUGACUGAAAACUAA